AUGGAAUCGGCCGCGCGAUCCGUCGUUAUUGAAACGCUGGCCGAGAUUCUGACCGCGUGUUCGGAAGUCAUUUUGACUGUUUUGUUUUUUAGCUUUGCCUGUGCCCUAGUUUCCACCAUGAGUUUUUUGACAAGUGUCCCACCUGGAGUGCCAAAAGUGUUGGCUGCGCAAAUCUCACGGCCUGGUGCCACGGGAGUGCCAGCACGGUCUACCGUGCGUCGAGAUGGUGAUGAGCUUUGGGUAGAAGAUGGUUAA